GCGCCAGUAGGGUCACCCGUAGAUCAACGAGGGCGAAAUCCAUAUUGGCGGUCAUCCAACAAACCUUCUGGAUUCCAAUACUUACUUAAUUGUUACGUAAUCUGUGCUUUCCGUAGGUUUCUCCUGCCUGCAAUUCCUCCGUUUAUUUUCUACGCAUUCACACAGGUCAGCCCGGAUCACUGUGAAUCACCCACGUGCAGCAUUGUCACGCAAUCGGAUUUGGCGUACUUCGUCACCUUGUGCAGUUUGGCCACGUUUGAUCGGGCCGAAUUGGCCUCUCAAGUACUAAGCAGCCCGAAUGUACGUUUGCUGCUCGAGGCUGAACCGGCUUGUCGGGAUAUGUUACACUCAUUCCACCAAGCAGACUACGCGGCCUGUUUGGGCCGAUUGAACAAGUUGCGCGAUCUACUCUGUUUGGACUACUUCCUUGCAGACCACGUUGCUGUUUUAUGCCGAGCUAUUCGAAAUCGGGCCUUAUGCCAGGUAGGUAGUAGUCACAUAAUUCGCUCACUUUGCAAACAGAGUACAAGGCAGCACAGAAAAUUUCAUUUUUCCGCCAAUACAAAUCAUUGGUGUUGUGGUGUCAAAAAUUAA